AUGACGAGCCUGCUAUGGUUAACGGCAGAAGAAGCUGCAAAGAACAGAGGUAAAGUUCUUUCCUUGUACCGCCAGUUACUAAGGAGCGUGAACUCACCGAAACUGCAGCUUAGUUACGCUUCAAGACUCGCCAAGAAAGCUGAGAUUAAGACCAUCUUCUUGUUUGGCUCCGAAGAGGUUUCCAAACACAACGUUGCCGAUCUCAUCCGUACCGGUGAAUAUGCUCUUUCCCAGUUGAAACAAGGCAAGAUCCCAAACAACACUACUCAGUAUUAGAGCCAUGUAGUUGCUUCCAUUUGCAUUUCUUCAUGCAUUCACAAACGGUGUGACGCUUUUUGUUUAUUUGAAAACAUACAUUGAAUCAGCUUUACUGUACAACGUUUUGGUUCAAUACAGUUUGAAUAAACAAGUGAUUACUUGUAAUGCACAACAAGCCGAGUAAGGAGUGAAUGGUUCACAUUAUGCCAUAACUCAUGUGAAUGAUAAAUAGUAAGUAUGGGUUUCUUUCACAAA